AUAAAUAAAACAAGUAUUUAUAUUUGAGUCAAUAAGUAUUCAAUCCAAACGUAGUCCAUCUUUAUUGAACCCAAUCAUCUUAUUUUUACUUUUGGGCCACCUACUUCAUCAUUUAAGUCCAUUAUUUUUAUGAAGCCCAAACCUACCAUAACCUACUCUACACUAUAAAUACUCUACUUAUCCCCAAAAUUUUACCACCCAAAAAGGUCAAAUGGUCAAGGUAAGCUAUUUUCUUUUUAUUUUUAUUCUUUCUUUCUUCUUUUCCUUUAUCCUUUUCUUAUUCUUUCUUUUUAUUCUUGCAUUUACGUGGGUUUUGGGUGACAUAAACCCACCCAAAUUUCAGCCUUGUCGCUGCCACUGUUGCCUGCCAACCCACCGCCGGUCUGCCACGCUGUCGCCGCCGGCCAGCAGCCACCCAGCUGGCCGGCCACCACCCACAGUGGAGGCUUGGUUCGAGAAUUGUUGUAGAGUACUCGGUUAUUUUAAGAGCUUAUUUGAGAGAAGAAAAAAGAAUGGAGGAAAAUAAGUCUAAGAAAGAGGUGAUGUUACAAGAAAGGUAUUGUUAUGGAGAAGAUAGAGAGUUUACAAUUCACAAGACUUCAAUGUUUAGCCAAGGAGAUGGGUUCAUAAUGUAUGAUUCGAAAGGCGAUAUCAUUUUUCGAGUUCACUCGUAUGGUCCUAUUAAGCAUCCCCUUCUUCUCAUGGAUCAUUUUGGGAAGCCCCUCUUCACCCUUCUACCUAAGAGGCCAACACUUCAUCAAAGGUGGGAAGGAUUCAUGGGUGAGAAAUUAGGGCAUCAUGAUCAACAACCACCCAUCUUUAGCAUAUGGAAAUCAACAAUGAUCGGACGGUCCAAAUUCAUGGUAGAAGUACACGAUGGAUCUCAUGCAACGUACCAAAUUGAAGGGUGUUUCAGUGAGAGAAGGUGCACCAUAUAUUAUAUGUCCACUUCAUCAGAUCAUGCCACGUGUAGAAUAUUAGUGGCUCAGAUCGAACGAAAAGUGGAGCCCACUAGAAAAAUUUUAUUAGGAAGAGAAGUUUUUAGUCUUAGUAUUAAGGGUGGUUUUGAUGCUGCUUUUGGUAUGGCCUUAGUUUUAGCACUUGAUAGAAUUGAUGGUGAUGACGUUGUUGAGGUUGCACCCAUGGAAUCUCAUUAGUCAUCACUAGGAUUUUUUGUACAUAGGAGGUUAGGAGGGUGAUGGCGGAAUGGUUGUACAAAAUUAACAGUUAUACAUACAUGAAUAGUACAUUUAGCGAUGGAAAUUUUAAUUAUUUUAAGCAAAAGAAAAUGGUAACUUCGGUAUUUUGUUGAUAA